CGCGGGGUGCAGGGAGAGAGGCACCAAGAGUAGCGGGUUGGGGCGGGUUGUCCUGGCAACCCUGGACCGAGCCUUGCAGGCGGUGGCAUGCGCCCAUGCUUUCGCUUCGCAUCCUGGCAUUCGGUAGUUCGGCUGCCGGUUGGAGCGUUGAUCGGGGCCAUAUCCUCCAUGGAGUCCUCCAAGGGGGAACCCAUGAGUGCUGGAAACGGCAAACCCGGCUGCCAGCUUCCUUCCAUUUCAAGAGCGGCCUGUGCUAGAGAGCUGGAGAAGGUUCCAGAGAAAAGUGACUUGGGCGUGACCAAGGUGGAAAGGAGAUACAAUGCCAAGCACGGUGAUGUUCUAGAAUCCAAGAGUUCCUUGACCAACAAGAUGGCCUCUGACAGAAGGGCCAGUCUUUCCUCUUCUGAUGAAGCAGGUCUGAGAGUCACUGAGCCUCCAGGACCCACUGGGGUGGUGAUUCACUCUGACAGAGCUGUGGAGAUGGGUCAGAAGUCCUCCUCCUCCUCCUCCUCCUCUUCCUCCUCCCCUUCCUCUGCACAGUCUCAUCGCUCCUCUGAGUUUUCACUGCCUGGAUUCCAGAAGGAAAAAUAUCCUGAGGAAUUCAGCCUACUUAAGUCACAGACAAAAGAUGGGCAGCGCCCUGAGUGGACAUUUUAUCCAAGGUUUAGCAGCAAUAUCCACACCUACCACGUUGGAAAGCAGUGCUUCUUCAGUGGGGUCUUCCGGGGCAACAGGAGGUCUGUGGCAGAGCAGACGGUGGACAAGAGCCUUGGGAGGAAGAAAUAUGAUAUUGAUCCCAGAAAUGGAAUUCCAAAGUUAACACCAGGGGAUAAUCCGUACAUGCUCCCAGAGCAGAGUAAAGAGUUCUUCAAAGCAGGGGCAACUCUUCCACCUGUCAACUUUUCACUGGUUCCUUAUGAGAAAAAAUUCGAUACAUUUAUCCCAUUGGAGCCACUUCCACAAAUUCCCAACUUGCCUUUCUGGGAGAAGGAGAAGGCCAACAACUUGAAGAAUGAGAUCAAAGAAGUCGAGGAGCUGGACAACUGGCAGCCACCACCACCCUUUCUACACAGUUUUUUCUCCUCUGGUAGGUUCAAGAAAUCUCAAAAAAUGAUAAAACCUGGAGUUCAGAAGAACAGUCUUUUGGGAGGCUUCAUUUGGAGCUCAGAGAUGGCAGAGCCUCUCCUGGAGUGGGUGUUCUGCCUCAAGGGGUCCUCUGGGCAGAGGUCCCCACACCAUGCAUUGAGCAUUGAAUGUAUUGGUUUAGAGCUGUUGGGCUUGUAAGGGAACACACUCUUUAAUGCUGUACCUCUAUCCACAGGUGCUUCAAACUUUCCAAGACAUCCCUGAGCAGAAAUGAGCCCCCAAGCAUGCACUGACUGACCUCCAGCCAGCCUCUGCCAUUGCUGGGUUUUUCUAGUCUUUGUUUUUGGCAUUGUCCUAAACCAGUUAUCUGACUCUAGUGAGGGAUCACUAUGAUUUGCCUUGUUUAACUGUCAACUGUGAAAACUUGCAAAAUGUGUAGAGAAGUUGCACCAACCAUAAAGUAGACACCAGCAUAUCUUUCA